ACAGUUUGUCAGAUAGUGUAUCACUAUUUUAAAGCUUUUGCACCUGAAAGGAUUUCCCUUCACAUCAGAAUCAACCGCGGUCCAACCAAAGGCUUUGAGGAAGACGUGGGGGCGAAAACAACUCAUCGUGUCAUGUAUCCAGAGAGCGGCUCGACUUUAGACAGCUCUACUCAUCUCAUAAUGUUUAUUUUCAAGAUAAGGGACCUCGAGUGGCUCCUCAGGUCCUUUCCAACAGGAACUUCUAGAAAGCCAGUAAAAUCCAGAGCGAACAAAAAUUUGGUGAUGGUGCUGAAUCCAGCUUUUAUGAAGUAUGUUCAUCAGAAGUGGCUGGGGAAGAAAGGAAAGUACCCGUCCACCGGCUUUAUGACCUUGAUUUCCGCACUUCACAUUUGUGAUGAGGUCCAUGCGUUUGGUUUUGGAGCUGACAGCAACGGAAGCUGGAGCCAUUACUGGCAACCGAUGAAAGGCAAAAGGUUUAAAACUGGACCUCAUCCCGGAAAACUGGAGUAUGCAGCGAUGGACAGGCUGGCUGAUGAAAACACAAUCUACUUUUAUAAAGGAAAUUGAUUAUUUCCAGAGACGUGAAGCUUAGUUGCUUUUUUUUUCUUUUUGAAGUUUUAGUCAUCUCCCAAAAAGUUAGAAAAAAAAGAAGCAAUGAAUAAACUGAAACUGAAACUUAGACCUGAAAGCUCAGACUUUCAGGUCUAAGUUUCAGCUUUAAAGGAAAAUAUAAUACAACCACUUUACAACUGAUAAGAAAGUGGCAAUGAUCUAAACACACAACUUUAUCGGCAUAAUUUGCAUGCCAGGUUACGUGCAUUGUUAUUAUUAUUAUUAUUUUUUUUUUUUAUUAUUAUUAUUUUUCACAUCAGCUAGCCUGUGACUACUAAUGCUUGUCCUGAAAUAACAAUUGUACUUGCACAAGUGUAGGAUUUAUUCUUAUUUUUUACUGGAGUGGAUAUGUCUUCUGUCUCUUGACACUUUCUAUUUAUUAUUUAUCAAGUCAUUGUGGGAUAUGAAAUGUAAACUUUUUAAAAUGGGAUAUUUAUAAUUUUUUUUGUAUUUUCAGGGGGGGUUUUUAUGUUAAGCUGGAAGUGGACAUAUCAUACUUUUAAAUUCCUCCUUUUCACACUUAAACCGUUCACUUGUGGUCUGUUUGAAGUAGAACUGCAAUGCUUUGGUCUGAAUUCCUGGUUGUCGUAUCUCCACAGACCUCUCCUUUACCACUGAAGCAAGUUGUAGAGCAACUCAUAUAAGAGCAACUUGUACUCGAGCAACUCGUUUUGGAGCAAUUUGUUUUGGAGCAACUUGUUUUGGAGCAACUUGUUUUGGAGCAACUCGUUUUGGAGAAAUUCUUUGUGAUUUGUGGUCCAAGAUCAGCAAAACUGAGCUUGGACCACGAAAUCACUGCGAGGGAAAAUGGCGGGUAAGCCAGAAGUCGUGACCUUGUUUUGCAGUUCCACAGCAAAUGCAGUGACAACACAAACAAGAAACCAUAACAACAAAUACAGGAAAAUGAACAGAAUAAAAAAUAUAACCCAAAAAGAAUUUGAAAAUAUCCAAGCAGCGACGGGAGAGAAUGAAUUCAAAAAUGUUGCACCCCUAAACAGAGGACCCAAUAAAACAUAUUUAAGGGGGAACAAAGUGGGUUUUGCAUGAUAUGUCCACUUUAAGACUAAAUGGUGAUGCUGCUGUUAAAUGGUUUACAACUGAUAAUAAACUGGUACUAAACUGG